AUGACGCCGCUCCACGACGUGGCCGUCCCCACCGAGAAGGCCACCUUCUGCAUGGGCUGCUACUGGGCCCCCGAGUGCACCUUCGGCGUCCUCGCCGGGGUCAUCCGCACCAGGGUGGGGCACGCCGGCCCGGAGGCGGCCUCCUUGAAGGACGAGUGCCAUGAAGCUAUUGAAAUGGACUUCGACCCCUCGGUCAUCUCUUAUCGACAGCUCCUGGACGUGUUUUGGCUGCACCACGACCCCACGCUGGACGUGCCCACGGAGUACGCGUCUGCCAUCCUGUACCACAACGCUGCCCAGCGCGAACUGGCGGAGCGCAGCGUGGCGGAGCAGCGGUGCCAGAGGGUGCAGGGCACAGUCCGCACCAAGGUGCUGCCGGCCGCGGUGUUCUACGACGCGGAGAGCAAGAACCAGAAGUACCGGCUGCAGCAGCAUCCGUGGCUGAUGGAGGCGCAUAUUCUCCAUCAAUAUGCAAAUGAAGUCUGCAUUGUUGACACCCGCCGCAAACUUGAAACCCUCACAAUCAGUUUGCUUCAUUGCAUUAGUUCCAAAAUGUACCAAGCAUGA